AGAUGCAAACGUAGCUGGUUGGUCGAAUCUUGAAGUUUAAGUUUUUCGACCAAUAACACGUGUCUGCUAUCAAAUCGUUGAUCUUGCUGAGUGCAUUCUAUUUGAUCUCGAAGUGUUAUACGAUUGAUAUUUAAACAAUAAGAUGAGUCGAAAGGAAGCAUUAUCGCAGUUUAUUCAACAAAUUCACGGCAGACCGGUGGUGGUAAAACUUAAUAGUGGUGUUGAUUAUAGAGGUGUUCUAGCUUGUCUUGAUGGCUAUAUGAAUAUUGCUUUGGAGCAGACUGAAGAAUAUGUUAAUGGUCAACUAAAAAACAAGUAUGGUGAUGCUUUUAUUAGGGGUAAUAACGUACUAUAUAUCAGUACUCAAAAACGUAGAACGUGAUGUGGAUUUCUGGAACUGACUGAUUAUUUUUUAAAUAUAAGUCGUAUUUCAAUAAA